GCCUCAGGAAUUGGAAAGGUAGACUUUCCUUUUGACUUUUCUGCGUGGCGCGAAAAAGAAGUAAAACGUACAGCUCAAGGGAUUCUGAAAAAUAAGAACAUGUGAAGAGUGUUAAGUAUUGCCAUUCUGUUGUGUGAAGGGAAUUCUAAUUAAAUUUAAAUAUCAGAGAUGGAGUGUGCAAUGAGCGGGAAUGCCAUUAAAACCCUAAACAGAGCCAUUACCUGCUUAGCCAAGAUUGGCAACGAGCUCAUCAUCGAAUGCCUUCCUGACAAGAUGAUUUUUCGGACCCUCAAUUCUUCUCGGUCAGCAUUUCUAGCUAUGACAUUCAAACCACAGUUCUUUGAUACAUACAGGCUUUCUACAGCCCAAGCUCAAUGUAGUGUUCUCCUCAAGGCUGUUUGUACUAUUUUUAGGACGCCAUCAACUAGUAUGGAUCGAUUAUCAGUGUGCUUGCCAGACAUGGAGGCAACAAAAUUGCAGUGGACUUUGGAUUGUUUAAAUGGCAUCCGAAAGACUUACUCAAUUGUUUGUAAUUAUCAACCUGAUGUUCAACAUCUGGCACUUGAUCGGACUCAAUUCCCCAGCCAUUUGGUUGUAAAACCUCGUGAUUUAAACAGAUUACUGUGUAAUUUCCAGUCUUCACUUCAAGAAAUAACCCUUAUUGCAACUGAGCCAACACUCACACCUUCAGAAACUGAUAACUCCACGGAAGGGAAAGCUAUUGAGCUCAGAAGCUACAUAGACCCAAUUAAAGAAAAUAGUGAUGGUGCAUUGCAUACACAACUUUGGAUUGAUCCCACUGAGGAGUUGCAGGAGUAUUGCCACAGGGGAGCUGCAGUUGAUGUAACUUUUAGCAUGAAAGAACUGAAGGCUUUUCUUUCCUUUUGUGAAGCAUGUGAAGCUGGUAUGCAUAUGUUUUUUGAGAAGGCUGGCGAGCCUAUCCUAUUGGCACCUAAGUUUGGCUUGGAUGAUGGGGCAAAUGCAGAUUUUGAUGCUACCCUUGUCUUAGCGACCAUGCUAAUUUCACAAAUUAGAGAAAUGGGUGAGUCAGAGCCAAUCCCUGUUGAAAAUAGGGUCUCACAGCAGCAUGAUCAUGGACAAGGGCGUAAUGGAUUUCAAACACCUCAUAACCAUAUUAAACAUAUAAGUGGACAAGCUGUCCCCUCAGCUGGCUCUGAACCACCUUCUGAUCAUACUAGAAUCUGGUCAAAUAUAUCUGGUAGUGGGACAAAAAGUGUCAGUAGGGAAGCAGCAAGUCAUCCUAUCAUGCAGGACAGUGCUGAUGCUAGUGAAGAAAUACCUACAGGCAUUCAAAGGAAACAAACACUUAAUCAGUUUUCUGUGAGACAAGAUAUGAGGGGGACACCACCUCAACCGCAUAAACCUUCUGGUCCAGUUUUGUCCUCUGCUGGAAGGGAAAGUAUAACUGGGAGACAUGAUGUGCACCCGCAAGAAGGUGGAGUGACAAACAUUAAUCCAGUGAAUUAUCAGAGACCUUCUCAACCUAAUCCAAGCAAUUGGAUUAGUGCAGACUCUGAGGAUGAAGAUGGAGAUGAAACUGAUGUUUGUGUGCGCUCAACACCUCCGCGGAAAAUGGGUCCUGGUUAUCGUCGAUGAGAUUGAUUUGUAUCUUUUCAAUCUCCAAAGCAGGCAUGAAGUCCAUAACCUCUUAAAAAGAUUAAAGGAACUGGAAUCUCCUUGAAAUCUUUGCAGUGCUCUGAGGGAGAUGCUGAAGAAUAUGACAAGUGGCAUAUCUCGUAGGUUCAAGAGUCCAGAGAGUUGAGACUUUUUUAAUAUGAUAUAUUACAUUCCAAGGAUCAUGUGUAUGCUGUUUACACUUAUUGUUGUUCAUCAUUUAUGUCACCUCUCUUUAUAUCUUCUAUAUGUGAAUUUUUUUAUGGAAAUGAUGAAUCCUCAACAUAGAUGAUUUGGGUGUGAAAUCGAGUAGGAUUUUGUCUGGCAUUGUUUAGGCUGGAUCCCUGGGUACUCUUUUGUUUCAUGCAUUUUGGUUGUAGUCUUGUUAGUUUGUGCUUGGCAGCUUGGCUGCAGUUGGGUUUUUUUCCUUUUGGGAUGCCAUCAUAUUUGUCUCUACCCACUGGCUUGCUUUGUAAUAGGGUUGGGACCCUUGUUUCCCUUUUUAUCUAAUAAAUAAGAAACAUAGAUGAUUUAUGUA